AUGCUUGCUUACCAUCAGUUUGGGAAUCAUGAUCAAACUCUCUUUCAUUCUUUCCCUGGGUCUACUUUCACUUCACCUUUCACUUACGACACUGAGUUUGACCCGCUGGCUCAAGGUGGGGCAGCUCUACCGACAAGUCAGCAGCAACAUGCGUACCAUCCGCAACCACAUGCCUUCGCGUACAGCUUCCCUAGCUUGCCUUACCUUCCACCAAGUAGACCGAGCUUGCAGCUGAACCCGCUAAGUAACACGAUGGAACCUCAAAUGAUGUUUAAGCAAGAAAACCAUCUUUGCCAGCUUCCUCUUCAGAAUGAGGAUGCUAGCUUCGACCUGUUGGGCUUCUCGCCCGAGCCUGUCUCUGCCAGCACGGGGACGCCACCACUAUCUUUCAGCUCCACCACCGAUCAGUACUAUCCAGUCUCAAUGUGGCACCAUAAUCAGCCGGCUUUUGGUGGCUUAGAUGUGGAGGAAAGCACCCCCAGUGCCGACGAGAACUACGACCUCAUGGAAGAGGAUGAUGAGGACAUCUACGACAAGCCAUAUGCUCAACUGAUCUAUGAAGCAUUGCUGCAUGCUCCUGGCAAUCGGAUGCUGCUAAGAGAUAUUUACGAUUGGUUCGCGCAGAACACUCGAAAACCACGCGAUUCAGGAACAAACGGUUGGCAAAACAGCAUCCGGCAUAAUCUUUCGAUGAAUCAGGCUUUUGAGAAUGACAAAAACGAUCCUGCUGCUAGCAGAGGCGCACGGAAAGCGAACAGCAUGUGGGUUCUUACUGAACAUGCCAAGAAGUAUGGCGUGCAAUCCACGACACGAUACCGCAAGAACGGGGCGGCGAAAAAGGCUGCGGGAAACAGAUUGCCAGCUGUCCAAAGACAGAGAUCUGGCGCAAAAGGAGGACGAGCUGCAAGACGAGCUGCACGUCUCAAGCGGCAAGGAGAAGGCAUGCGGCCAAUGCACAACACACCUUCACCCUACAAUCAAAUCAGAAGUCCUUUGCCUGGAACACCACACGACGAAUGGUCCAACUACAGUUACAGUCCUACCACUCCUGCAGAGGAUCAGUUCGUCGGGUCGUCAUACAUUCUACCACACCGCUCUCAUUGCGAGCAUGAUCAAAGAGGAGAGGCGAAGCAUCUUUCAGAGCCAUUCCUUGAAGAGGACGAGGAGCUGCGUCAAAUGCUGCAGCAGGCAAAUCAGACACUGAACGAUCUGGAGCGUUCAUAG